UGGAGAUGUGUAUAACUUUUAGUGAUUGACUUUGGAGUCCAAUUGUUGUGAACCACUUUCCCAUGGCGUCGAGCUACCACAUGAGAGCCUCCACGUCUUCUGCUUCAGCUUCAAAAUGGAAAUACGACGUGUUUUUGAGUUUCAGGGGUUCAGAUACCCGCAGGAACUUCACGGACCAUUUAUACGACAAACUGCAGUGUCGAGGAAUCACAACUUUCAGGGACGACACAGAGCUUGAAAGAGGUACAACUCUUUCUUCGGAGCUCCUGGCUGCAAUUGAACAAUCAAGGUUUGCAGUGGUUGUUCUUUCGCCAAACUAUGCUUCUUCCACUUGGUGCUUGCUAGAACUUGUCAAGAUUGUUGCUUGCAUGGGAGACGGGGGGUCUAUUCUGCCAAUCUUUUAUGAAGUUGAUCCCUCUGAUGUGAGACAUCAGAGAGGAAGCUUUGCCGAGGCCUUUGCUGAACAUGAAGACAAGCUUUCUGGGGAAGACUUGAAGAAGGUGCAAGAGUGGGGAGAUGCUUUAACAACAGUGGCCAAUCUAUCUGGAUGGGAUUCAAAGGAUUAUAGAUAUGAAACAGAGCUUAUCAAAGAGAUUGUGGAAGCGCUAUGGAAAAAAGUACAUCCUACAUUUGCAUCAUCAGAGUCCUCAGAGAAUUUGGUCGGAAUUGAUUCCAAGCUGAUUGAAAUAGAUUUUCUUUUAGAAAAAAAAGCAAAGGGUGUCUGCUUUCUAGGAAUAUGGGGUAUGUGUGGGAUUGGGAAGACAACCCUUGCUAGACUUGUUUAUCACAGAAUCUCUCAUCAUUUUGAAAUUAGCAUAUUUCUUCCUGAUGUCAGAGAGGUUUCUACAACACACGGUCUAGUUAAUCUACAACAAAAUCUUCUUUGCCAGAUACUGAAGGAAAAAAACAUUCAAGUAUGGGAUGUUGAUGAUGGAAUGACCAAGAUAAAGUGCUGUUUUUAUAAUAAAAAGGUUCUACUAGUUCUUGAUGAUGUGGAUCAAUUAGACCAACUGGAAAACUUGGCCGGAGAAGAAGACUGGUUUGGUUCAGGAAGCAUAGUUAUCGUUACAACAAGAGAUCAACGUUUACUAGUCUUGCAUGGUAUAGAAACACAAUACAAAAGCAAGGGAUUAAAUGAGUACGAAGCUCUUCAGCUCUUUAGUUGGAAAGCCUUUAAGAAAGAUUAUCCUGAAGAAGGUUAUAGGGAACUGUCCAAGAGUAUCUUGGAUUAUGCUAGAGGCCUUCCAUUAGCUCUUAAGAUUCUGGGAUCUUUUCUGUGUAAGAGAGACCGAGGUGAUUGGGAAAGUACAGUAGCCAAGCUAAAGAAAGCUCCUAUUGAUCAAGCACUGUUUAAAACACUCAAAAUAAGUUAUGAUGGAUUAGAUAACAUGAGCCAACAAGUUUUUCUCGAUGUUGCAUGUUUCCUCAAGGGGAAUGACAAAGAACGAGUAAUUCGAAUACUAGAUAGCUUUUUUGGCUUUGACACUAGUAUCAUGGCAAGUGUUCUCAUUGAGAAAUCCCUGUUAACCAUUUUUGACAACUGUGUGGAUAUGCAUGAUCUGAUACAAGAAAUGGGAAGGGAAAUUGUCCGUUUGGAGUCUGAGCAAGAGCCUGGCCAACGCAGUCAGUUGUGGCUUUGGGACGACAUUUUUCAUGUACUCAAAGAGAACACGGGAACAGAAGCAAUUAGAAGCAUAGCCAUAUGCUUGCCUAAGGUGGAAGAGUUCGAUUGGAAUCCAAAAGCCUUCUCUAAGAUGUCUAAACUGAAGUUUCUCAAAAUGCAAAAUUUGGUUCUAUGUCAAGGCCCUGAAUAUCUUCCUGAUGCCAUAAGGGUUCUUGAAUGGGCUUGGUAUCCAUCAAAAUCUCUUCCACCAAAUUUUCAGCCGGUGGAACUUAUUGAGAUUAUUCUGCAUCAUAGCAAAAUUGAGCAGCUUUGGCAUGGAAUAAAGUACUUGGAGAAGUUGACAGUUAUGGAUCUUAGCUACUCCGAGAACUUGACAAUGACCCCAGAUUUCACAGGUAUGCCAAACCUUGAGAGGCUGGUUCUUGAAGGUUGUACAAAUUUAGUUGACAUUCAUCCAUCAAUCAUAUCUCUCAGAAGGCUUAAAGUUUUAAAUUUUAAGAACUGCCAAAGUAUUCAGAGAAUUCCAGGUGGAUUAGAAAUGGAUUCUCUUGAACUAAUUGAUCUUUCUGGCUGCUCAAAAGUGGAUAUACUUCCACAAUUUGUCAGACGGAUCCAAAAGUUAUCAGAACUUUUUUUAAGAGGAAUUGGCAUGCUAAAGUUUGAACUAUCAUUUCAUUCAGUCAGUCCUCACCGGCUGAGUCUGGUAUUGGCUUCUUUCAAACAUUUCUGUUCUCUGAAAGAAUUACAUCUCAAUGACUGCAAACUUGGUGAAGGAGAUAUUCCCGAUGAUAUUGGUUGUUUGUCCUCCUUAGAAAACUUGGAUCUUAGUGUCAACAAUUUUGUCAGCCUUCCUGCCAGCCUUAGUCGGCUUUCUAAGUUGAAGUAUUUGAACUUGGAUGAUUGCAAGAGGCUCCAACAAUUGCCAGACCUUCCAUUAUUUAGCGGCACAUGUCAUGUCACCGCGGACAACUGUAUAUCCUUAAAAAAGUUUCCAGAUCCACCAGACCUGUGCAAAUUAUGGAAACUAUCCUUCAACUUUAUUAACUGCUGUAGCCUCGAAGACGGAGGAAGUUGUUAUAUAAUACGUUCACUUCUACAGCGGUUCCUUCAGGAACCCCCUCCUUUUUUUGAGAUGUUCAGUAUAGUCAUUCCUGGAAAUGAUAUUCCUUGCUGGUUCAAACAUCGAAUUGUGGGAGAUACGGUACUGGACUGUUCUUCACCUAGUAGUAUGUGGAUCGGAUUUGCUCUAUGUGUUCUUUUUGGAGCUGAAGAAAACCCAGGUGUCCCUGGUGAAGAUCAUGAUUUCGAACCUCAUGCAAAAGCAAUUUCGUGUUGUUGGAAGCCCGGUGUUUUUUUUUUACCCAGUCUCAGUUUCGAUCUAAACCAAGUUCUUAAGUCGGAUCACAUUUGUUUAUUCCUUUUGCCUUCAAAACAUUAUCUUGAAAACAUUGGUUUUCUUUUGGAAACCACGUGUGCUAAGAAAAGCAACGCAUGCUUGAAGGUGAAGGGGUGCGGGGUUCGUGCUCUGUACAAGCAAGACCUGAAAGAACUCGUAGAACUCAACUUAAGAAUGAAUCGAUACAAUGGAGUUUCUGAUAGGAAUUUGGGUUGUAUGAUGAACAAACCCCCUCUUUUUACUGAGGAGUUCAGUUUCGUAUUUUCUGGAAAUGACAUUCCUGAGUGGUUCGAAACUAGUGCGGAGAGCAACAGGGUGAACAUAGACCGACCUUGUAUUUCAUGUAGUAGUACGUGGAUGGGGUUUGCUUUGUGUGUUCUCUUUGGAGCUGAAGAAAACCCUGGUGCCCUUUGUGAAGAUCGUGAUUUAGAACCUCAUGUACACAAAAUUUCAUGUCGUUGGAUGCUCUCCUAUGGCUCCAUUGUUUUGAAACUAGAACAAGUUGUUCAGUUAUCAGAUCACCUCUGUGUAUUUUUCGUUCCUGGGGAUAAAUGUCUGCUUACAUGGAGAUGGUUUACGUUUAAAUUCAGAACCAGGUGUGCUAACAGGAACGCAUGCCUGAAGGUGAAAGGGUGCGGGAUCCGUAGUUUGUACAUGCAGGACUUGAAAGAGCCCAACAUAAGAGAGAACCAAUACAACGUGUCUAAGAGGGAUGGGGUUGCAGAUUGGAUCGAACAACUGAGAUCGUCAAUAAACUGAUGCCGUGUAGUUUGGCCAUCAAGAAGUUGACAUCAACGAUAGCAUGUCGAGAAUUGAGAAAGAAGAGUUGCUGCGAGCUCAAGAAUAGUAAUCAACUAUAGUUGAUUCAACCUCAAGUCCAACAUUGUUGGCACUGUGAGCUAGUUUUUAUUUAUGAUGCAUGCAUCAGAGUGAUUUUAGAUUUUUUAUUUUUUGGAUAAUGAGUGAUUUUAGAUUGAAUUAAUUGAAAAUACA